AUGGCACAGACACAGACACAGAACAAGAAGCAGACGCAGACACCUACAUCCCCGUCUACACCCACAUCCCACGUCUCCAUCCAAAGCCGCGCCCUGAACGAACAUCAAAUUACCCUUCUCGUGCGAAAACUCGAAUGCCACCUCCCGUGCUCGAUCCCUCUACUACGACGGAUUCAAUCCCAUCUACAGCGGGAAUGUGCAUCGACGACUGCGCGCAUCUUCGUCGCUGCCGUGCGUGGCGAUCACAACGCCAGCGCCAGCACGAGAUCCGACCCUGAACCACCCGAGCACGAGCACGAGCACGAGCACGAGCACGAGCGUGUUCAUCAAUGGGACCUCGACCUCGGCGCUUGGUUGAAUCUCGAACCCCAAUCACAAUCGCCCGACACCGACACCCCCGACCCCUGGAUCGCCGCACACAUUGACCUCGUCAACGCAGGCCAAACGCAGGUCUGGGUGUUCGGGAGCUGGGAGGCGGCGUCGUCGACCUCGGGCAAUGAGGCCGCAUCAUCAUCUUCUACGGACACGGAUACGGAUCCACACCCCCAUCCCCAUGCGUUGCUGCACAAAGGCCUCCUGAACGCCCUGUUCACAUAUAUCUCGCGCCACCUGAUCCCCUUACUCCCGACUAACCCGCCGGAAGAGUGGCUCUCCCUGGCCGCCACAGGGAAAUACCUCAGCAGGCCGUACUCGAGGGAUAAAGUCCUCUUCGGCGCCGUGAGCGACAAACUGUGGCACCUUUUUCCCGAGGGGGCCCGCACGAGGACCGACGCCGGGUAUUGGAAGUAUUUGUUCCGGAGGGACACAAGUUCCAGUCCCACCUCGAGUACGGCUCCGCUACCGCCCGGAUACCGCUUCGGCGCCAUGCAGGACGCGCACCUCCAACUCGUGCUGGAUCGCACGCCCAUCCCGCGCACGCUGGGCACGUUGCGCCAACUCGUUUCGAUAGGUGUGUUCCACGAGGAAGGCACUGUGCCUGUGGGAUGGGGCUUCCUGGGCAAGGACGCGAGUCUGUCGUCGUUGCACACGGAAGUCGAGCAUCGCGGACGGGGGCUCGCCGUCAGUUUGGGGGCCGAGUUGUGGAGACGUCAGCAGGAGCAAUUACAGAGCGGACAGGGUGGCAAGGCGGAUAGGGCAGAGCGAGGGGGAGGCGCCGUGGACGAGGUGGCUCAAGAAGCAAACAAGACCUCAACUUCAACGCCUCCGCCGUGGUGGGGACACGCCGACGUGAGCCAGCACAACGGGGCAAGCCGGCGGGUCAUGGAGAAACUGGGCGGCCGGCCGGCUUGGAUGGUCAUGUGGACGGAGAUGGAUAUGCGGGUGUUGUUGGCCUUGGAGGAGUAG